GUUCGCUUCUCUGUCCAUAAAGCUGUCAAGGAACCUUCAGCAUCCAGGCUUGCCAAGAACUUUGAGCGGAGUGCAAGAUGUCAGGUCGAUCUAAGCAGUGCUGCUGGAAGUGAACCAUCAACCGUACCCACGUACUGCGUCCUCAUUGAGUAUAGCAUAAGUCGCGGUGAUGGGCGGCAGGCGUGGAUGGACUUGGGCAAGUUUCUUGUGACUAUAUACCUUGAAAUCUCAGAAACAAUGAUAUCUUUCAGCCAUUGCUCGUUGCAGCUACGCUGUCCGACACGGAAGGACCAAAUCGAUCAAGAACACAAUGAUGGCACCCGGAGCAACCGAUUCCUCACACAGCUAUUGGAACUCCUCCAGUUAUUCGUUCGCAUCCAGCACUACUGUUCAGCAGGGUUCUCUAAGCAAAACCCACCGCCCUGGAGCCUGCAUUCAACGUUCAGGACUUACCAGGUGGAGCUAGAACAAUUAGUGCUACAACGACUGGAACAACUCCAUCCCGGAUCAUCUGAGGACGAGCAUUUGCCACAGGAACAGCGCACUCAGAGUGCCAUGUGUUCCCUGAUUUGGCACUGCUGUGUUAUCUGCUUGAACCGAACCUUUCUCCCAAUUACAGAGAGAACCAUGCUCGACGACGUAAAUUCGGGAGCAUCUUCCAGACAACUUAACUUUCCAGCUGCACCACAGCUUUUUGUUGAGGAGAGACUGAGUCGCUGUCAGGCAAGCGCAGUAGCCAUCUGCACCAUCUGCAAAGAAUUGGUGUGGCAAGGAGACUUCUUUCGGAGUGCAAUUGUCCUGGUCAACUAUCUUCACCGUGCCCCAAGGCCCCAUAGUCCUUGGAUAGCAGACACCCUGAAGUUUCUUUUCGUUGCUUUAGGGGCUGCGAGCAGUUUUUAUACUCCCGCAAAUGAUUGGAUUAAAGUCUUGAUCCGGGUCCACGAUAUCAACAUUCCCCUGAAACACGUCAGUGGCUCCCCUGUGGAAGAUGUUUUCUCAACCUACUUCAGCAGAUAUGUAGAUAUUAAGGAGCCGAAGUGGGUGCCGCUUAUCCCCAGUAGCGUGUCAGACGCUCAAGGAAGAGUUGGUGAGGACAUCUUAAGCGGUCAGGGAGAUCAUCGACCCAUUGUUGAUAAAGCUCAGAUUGACCCUGGUCACGACUCUCAAUGUAAAGGAAAUUGGCUUCACAGUUAUGCUCGUCAUCUUUCGGAGGAUAUAGAGCCCGACAGGCAAGACGGCAUAGAAUCCGCUCACUUAGGCACAGAAGAUGGCGAUGCAUUGGAAUUUCACGGUGGAAAGAAUACCGGCGAUCCCCUUGGGUUGGCGGGAGGCUUAUUAGAGUCAUCUGAAGCAAUUACGCCGUCUAUGUCUCAGACGAGUAUGACGAGCCAAAGUAUGGAUGCAGGAAAAGGCUCCCUCGUUGAUCCAAUAGGUCUUGUCGACUCGCUUACAGAUCCUUUCGCUUUUGCCGAGCUCUCUGGAUAUAAGGAAGAUUUUGACUCCCGACUGCUAAGACAGCUCAUGACAGGAAGCAACAGUCUGUGGGCGGAGAUGAACAUAAACUUUAGCAGUGGCGAAAAUCCCUUCAUGUAG